CAGAACAUGGAUAUUUUUAUUAUGAGAAAUUAGUAAAUAUGGCUUCGUCUAUCCAAAAUAAUAGAGUAUCGCCUUCGGGUUAUUGUGUAUGUUGUAGAGUGUGUAAUAUGUGGUGUUGGCGAGCCUUCAAGUGGCUUCCAGUGUUGCUUAUAGUUUCGAUCGUAACUUGGUCUUACUAUGCCUACGUUAUUCAACUAUGCAUUUUUACAAUAGAGACAACAGUUCAGCAGUGUAUAUACUUGGUGUUUUAUCACAUUCUUUUGAUCAUGUUCUCCUGGUCAUAUUUUAAAACAAUUUUUGCAGAUAUAAAGCCAAUUCCUGACAAGUAUAAAUUACCUGAAUCAGAAUUAGAGAAAUUAUUGAGUGCUGAAUCGGAGGAUGGCCAAAGGGCUAUUCUAGAAAACUUUGCAAAAGAUCUUCCAAUAGUCACCAGAACAAUGUCCGGAUCGGUGCGGUAUUGCAACCGCUGCGUGCUAGUGAAGCCGGACCGCGCGCACCACUGCAGCAUCUGCUCCCGUUGCGUGCUCAAGAUGGACCACCACUGCCCGUGGGUGAACAACUGCGUGUGCUACCACAACUACAAGUUCUUCAUGCUGUUCCUGGGAUAUGCGCUUCUCUAUUGCCUGUUCGUCAUGUCCACGUGCCUGCCUUACUUCAUUAGGUUUUGGAAGGUCCUUGCAAAUGCUCAGGGCGAAUUCGGCGCAGCGGCGGGCGCGGGAAGAUACCACAUAGUGUUCGCGUUCUUCGUGUCGCUGAUGUUCGCGAUAUCGCUCGGCUCGCUGUUCGGCUACCAUUGUUACUUGGUGGCGAACAACAGAACUACUUUGGAAGCCUUCCGUGCGCCCAUGUUCCGCGGUGGCGCCGACAAGAACGGCUUCUCAAUAGGCGCCUUCAACAACUUCAAAGAGGUCUUUGGCAACAAUCCGAACCUAUGGAUGGUACCAGUCUUCACAAGCCUUGGGGACGGGUGCCAAUUCCCUGUGAGGCGCGAGCACCAACUGCAGACCUUCACGACGCCCCACGAGGCUCACGGGUACGAGUCUAUGGGCAUCACGCGGUCCAGGUCAGACCUCACUGACGACUCCCCAGUCGAAGCUAGUCACAUACCUUGAGGUUUCACCCUAGUCUUUAAACCAGUAUAAAAACAGCGAGCGUUACUCUUGGUUUUUUUUUAUUGGAGGCCCGA